ACCCGGCACCCAUAUUCUCAUUGCUCUAACUUUCGGUACCACCCCGUAGAAGUGCUCUUCCUACCAACCAUGACAGGAUACCAAUUCAUCCAGAGAGCAUCACUCUUCUUGGCGAUAGCUAUCUCGAAUCUCGUCUCAUCAACACCACUUCCAGACAUCGCCGGAAGAGAUGAUUGGAUCCCCGGUCCCUACGCCUUGCGCCUAGUGUCAAACCACCCAAACCUCACAAACGCAUUCCUCAAUAGAGAAAGAAGGUUCCAAGAGAACCCCGCCCUAAACAGAAUACAACCAAUUUGGGGAGGCCCAUCGUAUUUCCAGAGCCUGCAACCAAACGCGACAGAUAACCUCUACGAGAGAGGAGGCGCCAUCUUUCUAGACGAGCGCCGCAAUAAUACAGACUCGAUGCAGCUUAUUAUGAUGUACAUCAAACUCAAUAACCAACGGGAGGUCCCGUACUUGAGCUGGAGCUGGGAAUACGGGCCCGGUGUGACGCACCUUUGGCCCGGGAACUACUACGUGUCCUGGGGUGGAUUCCAAUUUGUCAAGCAAAGCGAUUCCGGAAGAACGUUCAUGUUCGUAGGGAAUGGUACUGAUCCGAAGUGGAGGUGGGCGGCGCAAUACCUCCGCAAUUAUCGUGAAUGGGAUAUGGUGAAUUGGAAUUCGACCGAUCCCAGCGCGCCGCUUCCCGAAGAUUGGGAGUUUGUUAAUGUUGAGGUGGUCCCGUUUGAGCAGCUGGAAUGAACAAUU